AUGGAGAAUACCACCAAGAUAUUCGACGAUCUUGUUGCCACUGGUGGCAGCGACGAACAUGGUCCGAUUUCAUCCAAUACUACUACUUUCAGUAUUGGCCUGUUCUCGCCAACCGACGGUUUGAACACGUCGAAGCCAUUAUUCUAUGAAUACCAUUACAAGGCCCCUUCGUUGGCAAUAAACCCCGGCAGUGAAACAAACGUGGGAGCAUUAAACAUCUAUCGCAUCGGGUCUCUAACACAGGUCUUCACUACCUGGUUGACACUGGUUGAGGCAGGUGAGGCUUCAUGGGCGGCACCAGUGACCAAAUACAUACCCGAAUUGGCGCAAGCUGUGGCUUCCAAUCACGAUCAGACUGCGGUGACCCAAGUGGCCUGGGAAGACGUGACGCUUGGUGACUUGGCGGCGCACCUGGCUUGCAUUUCAACUUCUGGCUCUAUGCAAGGCAGAACAUUUGAAGAGAUGUUCCAAAACCUUGCAACACAGGUGGGUAUGUCUAACAGCAGUCUUACGGCGCCCAGUGAUAUCACGAAUGCAAUCAUUCCCUCAGAUGUGGACAUCAGUGGUUGGUCCACUGAUUAUGGAGAUGAAUCACCGUCAAUUGGAAUGUAUUCUUCGAUCCACGAUCUUUCCCUAGCGGGGAUUGCCAUUCUGAACUCAACUUUACUACCAUCUGCAGUCACACGCCGUUGGCUGAAACCUGUAUCUCACACCUCUAAUCUUCGAAAUGCAAUUGGCAGGCCAUGGAUCAUUUUCAGCGCGACUCCUGGAAGUCCAAUUGACCCGAGAAUUGAAGUUUUCACAAACUAUGGCUUCAUAGGGCAAUACAGCUCGUAUAUUGGCCUAACGACAGACCACAACGUUGGCUUCGUGAUUCUGGCGGCAGACUCGAUAAAAGCACCAGAUCUUAAUGCCCACGCUGACUUCAUUGGCGAAGUAAUGAUACCGGCGCUCGAGAAAGCCGCAAUCGUACAGGCUGGCAAAAACUACGCGGGCAGUUAUUCGUUUUCAAGCUCAGAUGCCUCUCAGAACGCAACCAUGGUGAUCGCGAAGCCUGAUGGCAUGGCAGGUCUGUCUCUCGCAAAUCUGACUCGUGGAAAUGAAGAUCUACGUGCAUCACUGGCCAGGAGUCUAGGUGUUGAUCCAUCGACAUUCAGCAUCCGCCUCUACCCUACCAACUCAAAACCAAGAAUGAGCGGCGGACGCACGCAAAUGGCUUUCCGAGCAGUGUUCCAAGAUGAAGAUGCACUAGUGGAUGGCGGUACUCCCACAUGUAUAACUUGGGAGGCGGUGGACGGUGUCAACUACGAUGGCAAAGCGCGAGAUCUGCUCAUCUUCACUCUGAAUGAAGAUGGGGCGGCGGAGAGUGUUUCGCUGCCAGGCUGGAGACUUGAGCUUCUCAGGCAGAAAUAG